GAAAUAACCUUCUGUUCAAAGUUUUCAAUGUUUCGCGAAUCGGAUUCAAUAUGUGAGAUAAGUUAAGGACGACAGACACUCUUUCCCUCCCUUUCCACAAGAGUCGAGAGUAUAUUAUGUGUGCUUUCGAUAUGAAGUGAGAGCCCUAAUUGAAUUCAACAGAUUAUAUAGACGUUAUACUCCACUCUACCACACAAUUACUCUAAUUGUUUUCGACCUCAAGCUCAGCAAUUAUUUUCUAAAGCAAUAAUUUUUUCAUUUAAUCUACACUUAAGCCAACGUUUAGUGAUAUUUUGUAUAAAAGAGGACGUGUUUGUGCUCAACACAGCACUUGCCUCUCAUCGCAACUUUCAUUCACAACAAUUUCACUCGCAUUUUGCUAUAAAUAUUAAUACAAUAAUCAAAAUGUCUGAAGAGGCAGAUAAGGCUGGUUUGACGGCGACUGAGAAGAAUUUAAUCAGAAAUACUUGGGCUUUGGUUAAGCAGGAUGUUCCCGGAAAUGCAUACGAUUUGUUUAUCAGGUUUUUCGACGAAAACCCGACUUAUCAACAACUGUUUAAAUCAUUUAAAAAUGUACCCAAAUCUGAGCUGAGAGGCAAUAAGAAAGUGUUGGCUCACGGAACCAAUGUCUUGUACGCCAUCUCAAUGCUGGUCGACAACAUCGACGACACGGAAGUGUUGGUCGAAAUGCUGACCAAAUUGGGCCGAAAUCACGGCAACCGAAGAAUAUCGUACGAUAUGUUUGUCAAUCUGGAGAAGACUUUAGUUGGACUCCUGGCCGACAAAUUGGGACCAACUGUCAUGACUCAGGACGCCGUCAAUGCCUGGAAGAAGACAUACGGAGUCAUACUCUCCGUUCUGAAGCCGGGAUUAGAGUCACCCGACGCUGACUGAGCACUAAGACAAAGACCAUUCAUUCCAACGGAUUAUCAAUUUAUAAUUUCUUCAUUUAUUUGGUUUUCAAAAUAAAACAUUAAAUAUUGGCACUAAUUUUAGUAAUAAGACAAAUAUAAUCUCACGG